CCCUCCUUAGCAGAGGUGGUGGAGCCAGUUCUCGCAGAGAUGGCGAAGUCCAGCCUGGGGCAGGAUUCCGACAGCACCGCCGCGGUGGCGGUGCUAAAGCGGGCAGUGGAGCUGGAUGCCGAGUCUCGGUACCAGCAGGCUCUGGUGUGUUACCAGGAGGGCAUUGACAUGCUCCUGCAGGUUCUGAAAGGCACCAAAGAUUCCACUAAAAGAUGUGCUCUCAGAGCGAAAAUCUCUGGCUAUAUGGAUAGAGCAGAAAAUAUAAAGAAAUACUUAGAUCAAGAAAAAGAAGAUGGGAAGUAUCACAAACAAAUUAAAAUCGAAGAGAAUGCAACUGGGUUCAGCUACGAGUCCCUUUUUAAAGAGUACCUGCAUGAGACAGUUACAGAGGUUUGGAUAGAAGACCCUUAUAUUAGACAGACUCAUCAGCUGUACAACUUCCUCCGCUUUUGUGAGAUGCUCAUUAAGAAGCCAUGUAAAGUAAGAACUAUUCACCUUCUCACCUCCGGGGAUGAAGCGUUUGGAAAUGUACAGCAAAGUAGCGGCCUGGAAGAAAUAAAACAAUCCCUCAGAAGUCAUGGAGUGCUGUUGGAAGUAAGCUAUUCUUCGUCUAUACAUGACCGAGAAAUUAGGUUCAACAAUGGAUGGAUGAUUAAAAUCGGAAGGGGACUUGAUUAUUUUAAGAGGCCACAGGGUCGCUUUUCUCUUGGAUAUUGUGAUUUAGACCUGAGACCGUGCCAUGAAACAACAGUGGACAUUUUUCAUAACAAGCACACAAAAAAAUUAUGACAUAUAGUAACAUGUAACACAUCUCUGCUUGAGGUGUCUCAGCCCGUUUUCUGUUGCUGUAACUGAGUGCCGCACACUGGAUGAUGGAUAAAGAACAGAAGGUUACGCUUUGCAUCUGGCGAGGAGCUUCCUUCUGCAUCCCACACAGCAUAACACAACAAGAUGGAGCAGGCUUGUGAGGCAGAGCCAGUCACCUCAGAGGUCUCCCCUCUAUCCUGCUGUACUAGGGACCAAGAUUCUAACUUAUGAACUUUUAGGGGUCACAGUCAAACCAUAGCAAGCACCUGUUGGGUUUGUUUCUUUUUAUUCAUUUAGAACAUAUUUUUACAACGUAUAAAUUUA